AUGGCGUUAUUGUCGUCUACCUUCGAAACAUUGUCCGAUGAUAUUCUUAUGAUUAUUUUCCGAUAUUCUGGCAAUGUUACGUCAAUUUUUCGUACGUUUUCUGGUCUGAAUCAACGUCUGAAUCGAAUUCUUGUUGAUCGGCGUUUGCAUCUCCUCACUAAUUUCUUACGGAUCAAUAUUCGACAAAGCACCUUCAAUUAUUAUUACGAUACUCCAUUAUUUCAUGCGUUAUCACAACAAUUAUGUUCGUUACAAGACAAUGACCACGUACAUGAACUUCAUCGAUGUUUUCAAAAAUUAGCUAGCUUUCAUAUUCAAGAAAAAUCUCGUGAAAUUGAAGAACAGUUUCGGUCUGAUCGAGAGCAAUUCGACUUGAUACGUGCUCAUCUCAUCGAUGAAGAAAUUCGCUCUCGAGAUGCAGCAUUGAAGAAAGCCUUCAAUGAUUUAGCAUCACGUCCGCUUAAUCUUAAAUAUCUUCAACAAGUCGAAGAUCUUGUUGUUGGUACUGGUGCUCGUCUCGAAUGUGCUGAUAAUGAACUGGGCGAGUACAAUAUGGCUAAAGCACUUAAUGAAUGUCUAUUAGCUCAUCUCUAUACCAUUGGAUAUCCAAGUCGAUCGUGUCUUUAUUCAAUCCAGAGAUUAUUCAAAGCAUUGAUCAUUUCCAAUCCAAAUCUAGUCAACAAUAAAGACUAUGUCGGUAGUGGUGAUGCUCCCAUGUAUUUCUUUCUGAUCUAUGCAAUCUUUCGACUACAAGGCUUCUAUCAUGUUUCGAGAUCAAUGCCAAUUAAUAUGCAAAAAUAUGAAACGAUACUGGAAUUAUUACUCUUUGCCGUUGCAUAUCUAAAGCAGAUUUCUGAUGAACAACUGUGGACAAAGGAUUGCCCUUUGAAUAGUUUACAUGUGAUUACUUCGAUUGAAAAUGAUGCAGAUGAAAAGAUUCUGAUUCAGUGCAGUCAAAUGGAAGUAUUAAAAAUGUUAUUUCAUGAAAUGACUCGAAAAGAAACACCAUUGGACGAUUAUUCGAAUCAUAUGUUACAAGAAGGAUUAAAGAAUUUAAUCAUCAACAAUCGAAUUGAUAUUAUUGAAUAUGUUUAUCGACAGAAUGGCUUUAUGCAAAAUUUUCUUGCUCGAUCAGAGUCUUGUCGCAAACUGAUUGAUACAAUAGUUGGAACUCGAACUCGGCGGCAAGUAUUUCAGCAUUUUCUAGACGAGAAAUCGCUGGAACCAUGGCUAACAAGUACGACGUUGUUAUUUAUUCUAUUAAAAAAGAAAGAAUGUAAAUGGAUCAAAAAAUUAUUCCGAUUAAACCCAAGAUUAGUUCACCGAGUGGAUGAACAUGGUAAUGAUCCAUUACUUUAUGUCUGUCUUAAAGUGAACGGUUGUCGACAUCGGCUGAUCGAAUUCCUAAUUGGCAUGCGAAGUGAUUUACAUAAACGAAAUAUUCACGAUGAACAUUUUAUUCAAGCCAUUCAACUGAAAAGAAACAGAAAAUUACUAAAAAAGUUAAUUGAACACGAAAUAAUUGGAAGAGAGAAUGAAAAUGGACAACUGCAAGUGUUUCUAACCGAACAGUUGCAUCUUUCCAGUCAAAAUUAA